UUCGUUUCCAUACCUCUGAAGUGUCCAACGGUUGAGAAUUUCUUUACCCAGCUGAAGAAUGGCGGAUGCAAAGAAGGAAAAUGAGCCCGCAGCUAAAAAGCUGCCGGCAGUACCAGAGUCGGUUCUUAAAAGAAGGAAAACUCGUGAAGCAGUACGAGCUGCACGUCUACAAAUAUCGAUUAAGCAACGUGCAAAUCGUUACAAGAAAAGGAAAUUAAUCUUCAAAAAAGCUGAGAAGUAUGUAAAAGAAUAUAGAACAAAGGAAAGAGACGAAAUCAGAUUAAUGAGACAAGCUAAAAAUCGUGGUAACUAUUACAUCCCAGGAGAAGCACGUCUUGCAUUUGUUAUUCGUAUACGAGGUGUGAAUCAAGUUGCUCCUAAAGUACGUAAGGUACUUCAAUUGUUCCGUCUUAAGCAAAUCAAUAAUGGUAUAUUUGUGAAACUGAAUAAAGCAACAAUCAAUAUGCUUCGUAUUGUUGAACCUUAUAUUACAUGGGGAUAUCCUAAUUUAAAAUCAGUCAGGGAGUUAAUCUAUAAAAGAGGAUUUGCCAAAAUAAAUAGACAACGUAUCCCUAUCACAAGCAAUUCAAUUAUUGAGAAGAAACUUGGACGUGCUGGUAUUAUUUGUAUGGAAGACUUAAUACAUGAAAUAUUCACUGUUGGACCAAAGUUCAAGUUUGCAAGUAAUUUCCUGUGGCCAUUCAAGCUCAAUACACCUAAUGGUGGAUGGCGUAAGAAGACUAACCAUUAUGUUGAAGGUGGUGAUUUUGGUAAUCGUGAAGACAAAAUCAAUGAACUUCUCAGGAGAAUGGUUUAACUUUAUAAUAAUCUUGAUA